CACUUAACAGGAUUUCCAAGAAUGUCCCAGCCUCACUCUGCUCUUUGAUGAUGGGAGCCUCUUGCACUUCAUCACUGCUACCCCUCACUGCAGGACGGCGACUGCAGCCUCUUUGCUGCAGGAUUGAUGCUUUUUGGUGAGGGGGACGCGACAGGAGAGGACAGCAGCGACUUGGUGCACAGGGACAAGACGAGAGAAGCUUUUUGAUUCCCGAUAAAGGGAUUUACUAGUUGGCAUCGUUACCUCUUCUGAGGAAAACGUCACUGUAAUGUCUAGGCGAAAGGUGAGAGGCCUGACCCGUACGGGCCGACAGAUCAGCGAGGACCCAGACCUGGACAACUUGCUGUCCACCCUGUCUCCUGAGGAGGUAGAGGAGCUGGAUAAAGACCUGAUGAAUGUUCCAGACAUCGGCCUGGAAGAUGGGAAGACGACCAUCCAAACACAGCAGCCUCCGAGCAGAAGUGUCCAAGACUCAGACACACGAAGUGACGCCAAGCGGAGGCUGAGCCAGAGGGAGCAGUCAUCUGAGGGGGAACCAAAGAAAGAAAGCCGGAAGCAGGAAUACCUGAGGAAGAUGGGCCUCAGCCAGGAGGGGAAUGACGACAUGAAAGUGGGAGCACGAAGACCACCGAGCCUCACGGCGGACAGAGACAUCAGGGUGAAGGACAGAAAUGGCAAAGGUUCUGAAAGUGUCAGAGAAGAGCAAAGUUGGCGUUCGAGUCGUCUCAGAAAGCAGGAAGACAGAGAGAGUUCCUCAAAGGAGGAGAUUAAGGAGAAGGACAGACACGAGGACUACAGGUUAAGAGAAAGGAGAGACAACAGAGAGAGCACAGGCAGUAAAAUGAAGGACAUGAUCUCCAAGUUACAGGACAAACAGGAUGAGGGCAAAGAAAAGGAGCGAAAGGAAGACAGCAGGAAGCGAGAUGAAAGCAAAACCAAAGACAUCAUCUCAAAGCUACGAGAAAAAAGUGAGAAGGACAUUGGGAAGGAGAGAGAGAGGAAAACCGAGAACAUCAGGACGCAAGGGCUCGUCUCCAAAAUGGUUGAGAAGCAAAGCAAGGUGUCUGAGAGCCAAACACAAGAAGUUAAAAAGGAAGAAAACAAGCCUGGAGUGGAUGGGGAAAAGGCCAAAGACGAGAACAAAUCUGGUGUCCAGCUGCAGAGGCAGCUGUCUGAGGAGGCUGAGGUAAAACGAGAUAAGCUGGAAAACGGAAAUAGAAGAGAAGAGCUGCUUAACCACAGUGACCAUGUGACAGACACAAAGAUAAACACAGACAGGAAAGAAAAAGACGACAGUAAAGGGAAAACGGAAACAGGAAAACUUGACAACUGUGUGUCCAAAAACAGCCCAAACAGUAAGGUGAAGCGGGACGAGGAGGACGAUGAAGACUCCAGCAUGUUCGAUGAGCUGCUGCAGCAGGUCCGAAGCAACGACCCUGCCCUCACUGAGCUCAAUGUCAACAACUCAGAGGUCAUCAAGACUAAGACACUCAUGGAGUUUGCAGAAGCUCUUCACAACAACAGCCACAUUAAGACCUUUGCUCUGGCCAACUGUCGCGCAGACGACCAUGUGGCUUAUGCCAUCGCCGGCAUGCUGCGCAGCAACAACACCCUCACCAGCGUUAACCUGGACUCCAACCUUCUCACCGGCAAAGGCAUCCUGUCUCUCAUCCAGGCGCUGCAGUACAACUCCACCCUCACUGAGCUCCGCUUUCAAAAUCAGCGCCACAUCUGUGGAGGGAAGACUGAGAUGGAAAUGGUCAAGAUCCUGAAGGAAAACACCACCCUGCUGAAACUGGGCUAUCACUUCGAGCUGGCGGGGCCGAGGAUGACCACGACUAACAUACUGAGUCGCAACAUGGACAGACAACGGCAAAAGCGCCUGCAGGAGCAGAAGAUGGCCCAGGCUAACGGGGAGAAGAAGGGGGCCCUAGAGGUGCCCAAAACUUGGGGUGGAGGAUCUCAGAGGAGUUCUCCGAUAUCCUCCCCAAAACCGUCUCCCAUCCCUUCGCCGAUGCCUUCACCAAAGCUGACGCCUAGGAGGGGAACCGGGGCCCUGCCUCCGCCACCACCUCCACCACCACCUCCUGGCAGUGGGCCUCCGCCUCCUCCACCUCCCAUGCUGGAUGGAGACCGCUCAGGUCGCAGCAAGAACUCAAGGGACCAACUGCUGGCCUCAAUCAGAGGAAGCAACGUGAAACAACUGAAGAAGGUGCCAGUACCAAAGUGGCUGCAGUGAGAUUGUCUGAUGGAACGUAUAAAGACGGGGGGAGGGGGCGUACAUCUCACCACAGGUUUUCUCGGAGAUGAACUCUACGUUCCUGCAGCCGGUUGGCCGAAAUAUGAAAUCCCAGCCCUCACUAUGAGUUCUCCUCUCAAACACUGGACCAAAGGGACAUGAGAAUGAGUGAUGCAGGGGCUCUUCACAAGCAGACUGCAGAGACCGCCAAAGACUCUCGGUCUUCUGUUCAUAUCGAUGCUUCUUCUUCUUUUUGCACUAGAUUAUGUAAAGAUGAUCAGAUAACGUGUUGUAUGUGCCUCUGAAUGUGAGUGUGGUGGGAGCAUGCGAUCAGCUUCAGACAACUCUAUAAAAUGAUAAAACUACAUGUGGUGAAUGUUCACCUGACCAUUUAUUUAUUAGUGGGAGGAUCCGCGUUUAACUGGUCAGCUGUAAUUAUGUUUAAAGUGGGUGGAGACAUCAGGGAAUUAAACAUGGAUCCCUGGUUAAGCCCCCGGGGGGGGGGGGGGGGGGGGGGGGGGGGUCUCAUGGUGGCCGUUGAUUGUGCAUCACAUUUUCAAAUCUCAAGACAUCUCAGACGGUUUUGGAAGGAAGCCCAGGGAAAUAAAUGAAGCACGAGGAAGGACUUUUAAUGUUGAGAAAAUUACGUAAAACCACUGUCCGUCCGUGUCUGGUGUUUUAUUUUUGUGCAGAAUCGUUUUAGCCCGGUUGCCUUGCUUUAUUGCUUUGCGAUGCAGCCAUGUAUCUCCGCUUUACCAGGUAGUCGUGGAACUCUUUCAAGAAUUUUCUCUUUAUUUUCUGUGCAAUGAAACAGCAUGUCUACUUAAAAGAGCUUCAAAGAAACGAAGAAUCAAACAUGUUUAUACGCCCGUGUCUGAUGGAGCCUGUAUGCCUUUAAUAAAAGAUGUUGGUAUGUUUGUGAGUGAACAUUGGACUUGUUCAUCAUGUGUAUAUAUAUAUAUAUAUGUAUAUAUAUUUAUUUAUUUGUUUGAUAAAGAAUGAUAGCUUAGCGGCUGGUUUAUGUUCUGAUCCACUGUGUACAUUCCUCCUCAGAUCUAGGUGUUGCUUGGAAAGCCAAACAACCACAGUGCUAUAUUAGACUCACGCCCAUACAUAACAACUGAUCUGCAACACAAAUUACCAUUUGAAGUAUUUUUUGUACUUUAUGUGAAUCUGGAGUUUUCUUUUUUCAAAUAAUCAUGCAGAUUUGGGAUUUAUUAAAGUCAUGAACCCAAUUUCAGUACUGUAAUUGAACAUUUUGGAGAGACGACACAUCCAACACACACUUUUAGAAAUUAAAUGUUGAAUUUACUUAACCCUUUGAUGCAUAAUGGUCACUACAGUGGACAGGUACUCAAAAUUGUUAUUUAUUUAUUUUUGCUAUUAAGCACAGAUGUUGAAGACUUUAUUGCAUUUGAGCCCCUCCAUUUGGACUUCAGUAAGUCAAGCCAACAUAUUUCAUGUUCAGAAUGCACGCUGUCCACUGAGGUGGACAUGUAAUAAACCAUGUGUAAAUUAUUAAAUGUUACAAAAAAUA